UUCUCUAAACAUGGCGCGCAGUUUUAUUGUUGUGGCAGCCAUAUUGAUAGUGAGUAUUACUCUCUGCACUGCACGCAGGUCAGUUUUGACCUAUGGUGGAGGUGCUAGUGGUGGUUAUGGCGGAGAGGCAGGUGGUGCGUCUGGUGGUGGCUAUGGAGGUGGAGGUGGAGGUGGAGAAGGCAUUGGUCAUGGCAUUGGAACCGGCAUAGGUUCCGGUGCUGGUGGUGGAUCAGGUUAUGGUGCUGGCGGAGCCGGCUCCGGCUACAGUGCAAGUGGUGGUGGAGGAGAAGGGCAUGGAGUGGGAGUUGGCAGAGUUGGUUCUGGUUACGGUGCAGGUGGCGGUGGAGGUGGAGGAGAAGGGCAUGGAGUGGGAGUUGGCGGAGCAGGCUCCGGUUAUGGUUCAGGUGGCGGUGGUGGAGAAGGGCAUGGAAUGGGAGUUGGUGGAGCCAGCUCCGGUUAUGGUGCAGGUGGCGGUGGCGGUGGCGGUGGCGGAGGCGGUCAUGGAGUGGGACUUGGAGGAGCUGGUUCCGGUUAUGGGGCAGGUGGCGGUGGUGGUGGCGGAGAAGGUCAUGGAGUGGGAGUAGGAGGAGCUGGCUCCGGUUAUGCUGCAGGUGGCGGUGGCGGAGAAGGUCAUGGAGUGGGAGUCGGAGGAGCUGGCUCCGGGUAUGGUGCAGGUGGCGGUGGCGGAGAAGGCCAUGGAGUAGGAGCUGGAGGAGUUGGCUCUGGUUAUGGGGCAGGUGGUGGUGCUGGAGAAGGGCAUGGAGUGGGAGUUGGCGAAGGUGGAGCUGGCUAUGGUGCUGGUUCUGGAAGUGGUGGUGGUUACGGCGCAGGUAGCGGUGGAGCUGGUGGUUAUGGAGCGAGUGGAGGUGGUGGCGGGUCAGGAUAUGGUGCUGGAGGUGGUGCAGGUGGAUCUGGUGCAGGGUAUGGUUCAGGUGGAGGGUCUGGGUAUGGUGGUGGAGGUGCUGGUGUUGGGUCUGGUGGUGGGUAUGGUGCUGGUGGAGGGGGUGGAUAUGGUGGUGGUGGUGGUGGAGCUUCGGGUGGAGGUGCAGGUGCAGAUGGUGGAGCUGGUCAUGGUGGCAACGGUGGAUACUAGACGACGAAUUCCUUAUAUAUAUUAUUUAUAAGAUAUUAUGUUUGUCUUAACGAAAUAAGAACGUCUGGAAAUCUAUGCAAAAGCUGCGCAAAGUGAGGUAGUCUUAAGCCCUUUAAUGGCUUUAAUGCAUAUGGUGUCGCAUGCAAAGAAGGCAUGAUGUGUUAUCUUCUUACCUUUGGUGUAAUGAGGUUUUCAAAGGAUUGCUUCAUCAUAACUUAGUAAUGAUCUCUAUAACUUAAGGAGACCUAUAUGUGUAGCGGUCUUUAAAAUUUGAAUGGCAACACUUGAAUGGUAAAAUGUGUAAUUCAACACUA